AAACUCUUCAGCAUCUAUGCUCCACAGUGCAUCUCCUUUGUGUGGCUGACGCUGGCCGGCCUGUGCAGUGUGGUGGGCCGGGUGAGGAGCGGCCGGACCCUGUGCACUGCUUGUGCUGUUGUGAAACAAUGGAUGGAUGGCGUCAAGAUUCACUUGUCCUCUGGAAAGCACAGCCCCUGGCCUGCCACAGAGAAAGAACAAAUGUAUGAGAAUCUUCAUGAGCUCUUCUUCUCUGUGGUCAGCAACUGGCAGGACUGCAAGGAGGAAGAGGACAGACAGGCCGUUCUCGGGGCUGUGACUGCCAUGAUGACUGUCCUCCUGCAAGAGGAGCUGCCCCGAGAGCACGUCUGGGAGCGGCUCCUCUGGCUCGUGCACCCGUGUCGGGAGAUGCAAGACACCUGCAGGGUGGCCAAGCUGGCUCGCUCUGAUGAGCCCGCGAUGACAGAGAAGCUGCCGCAGAUUACAGAGGCUGUGCAGCGUGUGUGCAGUGACCCCAGGACCCGGGUGAGGAGGGCCGUGCUGCACUUCAUUGAGGAUCUGCUCAGCGCUAACGCCUGGAGCUGCUCAGCCUGGGAUGUGGUGGGGCACAUCUUCAGGGAGUUCAGCCGCACCACAGGAAGAAGGGCAGCCGGAGACCUUUCCACCCAGGAAGCCCAGGAAGAGGGAGCUCUCCAAGAGCUGUGCAUCAACAUCCUGGGGUCACUGGAUGUCUCUGCGAGAGGGAUCUCCAAACUCCUGUGGCCAAGGCUGCUGCUGUACGUGGUGCCAGCCCAGUACACCAGCAUGCUGAUCCCAGUCUCCCGCUGCGUCCAAGCCCUGGCCAAGAGAGGGGAGCUGACGGUGCAGGACAUGGAAGAUCUGGAUCCCCACUUCCUCAGCUCCAUGUUUCAAGGCCCACUGCUGACUCCCCAGACACUGCUGGCACGUCUGCUGGUGGUGGCAGGGAGCCCUUCUGCAGGCAGCGAACUCCAAGCCGCUGCCUUGCUGCUCCUGCAAAACCUCCACAGCAAGAUCCACAGAGCUGUGGGGACCAAGUGGGCUGCUGAGAUCCCCCUGCUGCUGCAGCGCCUUGAAGGGAAAGAUGAGAGCUUCCCCAACUCUGAAGAGUGGGAGCACCGUCUGCUAAAGUUCCUGAGGGCAUCGCUGGACAUCGUGGAGGACGAGGCCUGGACCAAGGCCCUGAGCUGCGAGCUGAGCCGGCGGCUGAGCAGCUCUGCCAGCAGCUCUGCAGAAAAGACCUUCCUCUACAAG